AUGUCCGCGCCAAUUGAGUCGUCCGGACAAACGACUCAUGGUAGCAGCCGCAAGCGACGUGCCUCCCAGGCAUGCUCCACGUGUCGCGCCCGCAAAGUCCGCUGUGACAUGCUGGAGACGGGGCUGCCGUGCUCGAGAUGUCGCAUUGACCGAUUCGAGUGUGCGACGGAACCGCGGAAGAAGAGAGGAAGACGGGCGGUGCAUGGACAUGCACCGAACCUAGAAGUCCCUUACUCCCCUUUUCUGCUCGAAUUCGCCAAUGUCCAUCUUGACCGUGAUGAUCUCGAGACGCAGAAUAACGCCGAAAGACUAUCGUGCCACCCACUGUCUAUCACCCACGACGACCGCAGCGAAGAAGAAGAGGAGGACAUUCUCUUCCUAAGACGGAAAGGAGCCUUUGAUCUUCCCCCACGACAUCUCAUGGACCAAUUCGUCGCGGCUUAUUUUAAAAUAUUCCAUCCUUUUUUCCCUGUCAUCGACAAGGAGACUUUUCUGAAGGAUUAUUAUUAUUGUCGGGCUAAGGGGGAAAAAUCGGGUCGUCAUGAGGGACCUAGUCUGCUUUUGUUGCAGGCUGUUCUUUUCGUCGCUAGCAGUUACGUUACCCCAGAGCUGCUGGCAGAAGCGGGCUUUUCGUCGCGCAAAAAGGCGCGGCAGGUGAUUCACAGGAGAGCGAAGUACCUCUACAUCUUCGACUACGAAUCCAACGACAUUGUCAACAUCCAAGCCCUCCUCCUCCUGAGCCACCACUAUUCCUCGAUGAUCGACCAGAAACACACCUGGCACUGGGUCUACCAGGCAAUCAGCCUCGCGCAGGGCGCGGGUCUGCACCGGGAUCCGGGACCUGCUGCCCCCCAGCGACGACUCUGGGCCCGGAUCUGGUGGGCCUGUCUGGUCCGGGAUCGCCUGGUCAGCCUGGGCACCAACCGGCCGAUGCACAUCAACAGUCUGGACUGCACAGUGCGGAUGCUGACGCCGGAAGACCUCGCCGAGAACGGGGACGGAGACGAGGAUCGCGCCGUCAAGGUCGUCUUUCUCGAAUUCGUCAAGCUUUGCCAGUAUAUGGAGGGCGUUUUGUCGCUGCAGCAUCCGUCAUCAACGACGACGACGACGAUGGCGGGCAAGAUAUUGUCCGAGCAAGUGAGGGUUUGCGAGAACACUCUGCAGAAUUGGCUCGAUCAUCUUGCGCCGGAAGCGAGACGGCUGGACCAGUCGUUCAGCCGUCCAGGCAUUGCUACCUUUACCGUGAUCAUCGCACUGAAUCAGUGCUCCGUCCCAGGCACUAUUGAGACAUCCAACUCUCGCAUGACGCGCCAGGAAAAGAUCCAACAUGCUGCAGCCGACUCGACCCAGCUGGUCGCUCAACUGGUGAAUUUCGAUCUUGUCAAGUACUGUCCAACGAUCUGGUACGGUCUAAGGAUUAAUCCUGAAUCGCCGUUUUUUUUUCUAACUGCCUCAAGCGUGACAGCCGUGCUCCCUCCAUUGAUCAUCCAUCUCCUCGGAAUCCGCACGUCUCUGUCAUCGCCUGCCCUGAAGCAGCUCCAUACGAAUCGGUAUAACAUGUGCAUGAUGUUCCUGGAACAGCUUGGCGAUAUAUACUGGCAUGCGAGCGUCUACCAUGACUUUUUCCAGCUGGCGCUGUCGGUCCACCAGGCGUCUUCUUCGAAAUUGGUCUCCAGGUCGAACGAAGGUGAUCCGCUGGUGGCGUUUCUGCAGCGGCUGAUGAUGUCGCGUGGUGGUGGCUUCGAUGGAGCACAUCUCAGCGCACAGAAGGAGGUGGAUGGUGAUGACGGUAUCGCACCCGCUCAGACGGAGAGCAUAUCCGAAGACCACAGUCGUGUGUACGAAUCACCCGGUCCAUGCUCACUUGAGACAGCUCCGGAGAUGGAUGACACCGUGUCGGAUCAACAGGAUGUGCAGUUUGAGGAAUGGCUCGAUUUUGGCGCUGGCUUCCAUAGUAUCUUUCCGGCGGCUUAG